AUGAAUAUCGCAAGGAAAUUAACAACAAUACCUUAUAAUGUGCGGAAGACUUUUUACAGAAAAUUCAAAAUUUCAUCAAUAAACAGUGAUACUGUUGAAGCAACUCAGCCAAAAGUGCAAGAAGAGAAGUUUGAUUUUGAAGAUUUAAAGGUGUUUGAGCGCACAGAACGAAGAAGCGCCAAAAUAGACCCGUUUAUGAAAGAAGUUUUCGUUUCAAAAUUUAACCGCGACUUACUCGCUUAUCCAGAAAUUUUGACUAAAGACGAGGACGAAGCCCUCGAAAACAGGAUAUCUUUCCUCAAAAAGUCAUUUUCUAACGCUAACAGUACAAAAGAAGAACGCAAAAAUACGUUAAGACGAGCUAGUAUGUAUGCGGCUACUGUAAAUCUUACUAAGAACGGUUUAGCAGCUAAUUAUACAGAACUAUUACGAUAUUUAGAAAUAAUAGGAGCUGAUUUAGAAUUAGGACAGGCUAUAAGCGAGCAUUGGGUUGGUGUGACAGCUCUCUCACAAGGUUUAUCAGCAGAUGACUAUACAGAUAUUAUUGAUGAAAUAGUGUCUGGUGAUGAUACAAUUAGUAUUUGUAUUAAAGAGAGGAUGUCUGAUAGAUUAACUCAGCCAGACUUCAGGACCACAGCUGAAAUUGAUGAGAAAGGUAUUUGGAGAAUACAUGGGGAGAAAAUUCACAUCAACAAAACUGGUUAUAUUCUUGUUUUGGCCAUAACAGACGGCAGCAAACUAAAAGCGUUACUUGUCCGACCUGGAGCUGAGGGAAUAAGUUAUAAGGACAAUUUUGUUACCUUCUCCAAUACGCCUGCUUUAGAAUUGAACAUGGCAAACGAAGCAAUUCUAAGUCAGACAUUAGGUACUAAUCGCUUGCAUACAGCAACACUGUGCAGGACAAGCUUACAACAAGCAACACAGGCCUGUUUAGAGUAUAUUCGUCCACGGUUUAUAAAUGGCAAGCCGCUAUCAGAAUUAUCAACAAUCAGAUCGACGAUCGGAGAAGCUAUAUUAUAUAUAUACGCGAGUGAAAGUGCAGAGUACUUCACAGCUGGUCUACUCGAUGGCUUCAUGGAUCCUGAUGCUGAACUGGAGAUGGCUAUGUGCAGAAAUUUUAUAUCGCACCAUGGGCAGCGUGUGCUCCUAAAACUUCUGGCGAUACCAGGAGUGGAGAAACAGAAAGACUGUCUCCGAUUACUGGAGAAUAUGAGGUCAUUGACCCUGCGAGGGGAGAACGUCGAAGAAGUUAAUAUGUUUAUAGCAUUGCACGGAGCCCACCACGCCACCAAAUCAAUGGCAGAAGAGAUUAAGAAGAUAAGGAAUCCGUUUUUUAAUCCGACUUUCGUGUUCAAGAAGAUGAUUACCAACAGGCAUCAGGAUAAAGAUGAUCCAAAACUGGACUUAUACUUGUCCGAACACCUUCACCCGAGUCUGAAGCCACCGUCAGAGAGCCUAGAGUAUUGUGUCAAACGCAUGCGUUUCGUCACCGAGAUCAUCAUGUCCAGGCAUGGCUUGGAAGUCGCAAGCGCAUACACGGAGUUGAAUCGGUUGGCUGAGGCUGCAACUGAAAUAUUAGUGUGUACCGCUGUCCUUGCGAGAGCUUCGAGAUCUUACUGUAUCGGACUGAGAAAUGCGGCGAACGAAAUGAAGUUGGCAGCGUGUUACGUCGAAAUGACUAAAAAUAGGGUCAAAACGCUAUUAUCUGAAAUUAUUGAUGGGGAGUACCUCAAUUUAGACCAUUUCAGAGUGCAAUUUGGUCGGAAAUAUCUGGAUACGAACGAAAGUUUGACUGAGAAGCCUACUGCUAGGGUGUUUUGGUAG